AUGUCGACAUCCACGGGCACCUCGCCAGCGUCCUCGCCCCGGCGCACAUCUUCCAUCCGGAAAUCCAGAUUACCCAAAGUAACACUACCGCCACCACCACCAAUCGCCAACGCCUUCUCGUGGCCCUCACAGAGCCGAACGCGGUUCGUGGAGCUGGUAGCACUACAAUCGCUUCUCCCACGGGUCACUCUCAGCGCCGACCCGACAGACCGCGUUGCCAAGCUGAAGGAAUGGGAGAGCCUGACGGAUAAGCAGCCAGGCUGGCGACUGUUGCCCGGAAAGGUCGAGCGCGAGAUCGCAGACAACUUCGCUUUCCUGGCCGCCGCCGAUGUCGGCGCUGAGUUCAUCUCGGCCGUCUGUGUUGAGGAGAGGAGGGGCGGUGGUAUCCUGUUCAGGCUGGCCAUGACCGAAGGUGUCCUCAACGAAGGCGUUCCCCGCAGGAUCGUGGACGGCUUGUUGGAUGUCUGCAAAGAGCUGGAAACUACCGCUGUCGAUACCGGCCGAAGCGAGCGCAGCUCCCGGGAAGCCGUCUGGCAGAAAGUGCUGGACCUGGAAUGCCAAAAGGUCGUUAAGGAUCUCCGCCAGAAAUUUAAACGCGCAUCGAAGCCCCUACCCGAGCUAUUUCAAGAAGCCCUUGCGCAGAAGGACCGACUUCCCUGCGAAAACAAGCGGCCCUCCGAGGUGUCCCUGGAAUCGGCGCUUACCGCCCAGACUAGUUCCACCCUUAUGGAUGGCGGCUCGUUGCUCGAGAAGAUCUACGAUCAGUGCCAGGAUGUCGUACAUCAAACCGAUUUCACCCAGUGCAGAGAUGGCGUUGAGAGGUUGUUGGAUACUUGCUAUUUGGCAAAGAGGUCGAGGGGCUUCAAGACACUCGUCGGCAGCAUCGAAAUCCGCAAGCAACUCGUACAGUUCAUCGACAAGCUCGGCCGAUAUAAGAUUGCCAGCCACACGCUCGUAUCCCUCGCACGCAAGAACGUGGAAGCCUUCAAGUCCAUUGACGUCCAGACCGUUUCUCCAUCAGUACGGGAGUCCUUCGCCCUGCCGGAGAACCCCGAGACCGGACUUUCAAAAGUCGCCUCCGACUUGGUCGGUAACACGAUCGAGGAAGCCAGUCAAAGCCUCAGGAAGAGGUCCGGACUCUCGGCACAAAAAUUGCUCACCAAGUACGAGGAGCUGUAUCUCGGCCGGCCCCAGAUUCACGCUGAGAUCCAAUUGGUCAAGUACUACGAGGAGAACCCGCCUACCAACCCGCCCAGAUUCAUUGGCUCCAGCAAAAAGGCCUGUCACUUGUGCAACAUGUUCUUGGAGCUGCACGGAAAGUUCGCCGUGUCAAAGUCGUGCCAGAACCUGUACCCCAGAUGGACCGUGCCAACGAUCGUUUGCAGCUCAUCGGCGGAUGUUGGUAAAUACAGCGCUGUGGUCAACAAGAUGACUUCCAUGUUGGAGACGUCUUGCACCGCCUCGCUCUGCCAGAAAGAAUCCUCGGUGGUAUCCGUCGCACCUAAGAAGGCCGUCUCGAUCGUGUCUGCCCCGGUCUCCGUCGUAUCUGUCCCGAUCCCAAUAAUACUGCCGACACCAUUGCUUGCUGAGCAGCCUUUGUCCAGUCUCAACGGUUCCGUCCGUCGUUCAGGAAAGCUCAAGACGCCCAACCGCAGCAUCCUCAGCAUGGGCAAGGAAAACGCUUCCGGAGUUUCCGGCAUCGCAGGACCAAGGUCGUCGACCCCGAUCAAGGCUCGCCAAUCGAUUCCGGGACCUCGACCAUCCGUUCAGACACCGACGGGGGUAUCUCAGUUGUCGAUGAAGAAGGUACAGGAUUGGUCUUUGUCCCCGCCCCAGUCGCCGGAAGGCAUGCCACUUCCGCCGUCCGUGCGGGCAUCCAGAAUCUCCACUCCUAUUCCUGCUGGUCCACUGCUGGCCGGGUUCCAAACCCCUCCACCCACUCCACCGGAGGAGGUCGGCGGUGUAUCGCUUUUCCCAGCGGCAUCCCCGGCAACGCCAACCUUGCGAAAGACCAUCUCCAAGCGCUUCGACGCCGUAUCGGCGGUGCGAUCGCAUGCCAUCUCUCCCCUCAGCAAGCUCUCCCGCGCGCCAAAGGAGAAGCACCGCUCCGCCUCGCCAGCAAUGAAAGCCAUGGCAGCUCUCACUCAAGGUCUCUCAUCACAUCACCCCUCGGCCACAUCCAUCGAUGAAGUCGCAACCGGCAUAGCCUCAAUGGAGGUCCAAAUUUCCAAAGGUAGAGGCACUCCCAAGGCCCCUCCAGACAAACACUCGCGGCGAACCGUCACCCCACUCCGCUCUGCAGCCAGCAUCAAAGCCCACGCCUCACCCCCCUCCGAGCCCGCCACCCCCAACUCGAUGAAAUCCAACACCACCCGGACAACAUCCACUUCCGCCACCAGCACCUCCCAUCCGCCCACACCUACCCCCUCCGCGCGGGAACGGCGGCGGCAAGAAAAAGGAAAAUUCCGUGCCGCGGCCACUCCAAGCCUUGCCACCAGCACUCCCCCACCGCCGCGCCCGCACACGCCGCUCGGCCCCCUCAAUCUCACGAUAGAGCGGCACGCCACGCCUCCAUCAUCGCCCAUCAAGGCGCCUCGCAACCCAUGGCUCGACUCGCCCCUGCCCACGCCCAGCCCUCAGGAGGCAGAGACGGAGUACACCAUCUACCUCGCGGGCAACUACAGCGAGGGGCUAUCGAUCGGUGACGCAGUGUUCUCGGGGAAGCUGAGCGACAUCAACCUCAAGGGAGAGAUGGUGCAGUGUCGCGGGUUCAGGCUUAGAAGUGGGCUGAGAAAGAGGAAGAUGGACGAGCCCACUAUGAGAAGGCGAAAGGGCGAUGCCCCCCUCAGGGUUAAUGAGGUCGUCAAGACGAGCGAGAUGAUGGUCCUCGAUAUCAUCUUUCCCGAUGCCGUCGUGAGGAUGGAGGUCCUCUGGGAUGAGGAGGCGCAGAGUAUUCUUUCUGGGUCGGGGGUUUAG